AUGUCCCCACCAUUGGAAGAUUACCAAAAAAAUUUCUUAGAUUUAGCCAUUGAAUCAAAAGCUUUAUUGUUUGGUUCAUUUAAAUUGAAAUCAGGAAGAGUAUCACCAUACUUUUUCAAUUUGGGGUUAUUCAACACUGGUAAGUUAUUAUCUAAUUUGGCCACUGCUUAUGCCAUUGCCAUUAUUCAAUCAGAAUUGAAAUUUGAUAUUAUUUUUGGUCCUGCUUAUAAAGGUAUUCCGUUGGCCUCCAUUGUUUGUGCCAAAUUAGCAGAAAUUGGUGGUUCCAAGUAUCAAAACAUCCAAUAUUCUUUCAAUAGAAAGGAACCAAAAGAUCAUGGUGAAGGUGGUAACAUCGUGGGCGCUGCUUUAUCUGGUAAAAGAGUCUUAAUUAUUGAUGAUGUCAUGACUGCCGGAACAGCAAUUAAUGAAGCUUUCCAAAUCAUUGAUAAUGAAAAGGGUAAAGUAGUUGGUGUUAUUAUUGCAUUAGAUAGACAAGAAAUUGUAAACUUGGAUGAUGCUGAUAAUUUAAGCGCUACUCAAAUUGUCUCCAAGAAAUAUGAAAUACCCGUCUUAAGUAUUGUCUCAUUAGCAAACAUUGUUCAACAUUUGGAUGGCAAGAUCUCUUCUGAAGAUAAAGCAAAGAUUGAUGAAUAUCGUCAAACUUAUGGUGUGUGA